AUGAAUAAUCAGAAUUAUGUUUUCUGUAGUAUCUAUUUUCCAUCAACGAACAGUAACUUGGCUGAUUUUAUCGACACUCUAACUUGCCUUAAUGCAGUGUGCACUCAAUUAAGUUACAGAGAAGAGCAAAUCAUUAUUGCAGGCGAUUUUAACGUACAUGUAUCGGAUCCACGUUCAGGUCAACGUGAAAAUAAUAGAGGAAAACUACUCCUUGAAAUGUUUGCUGAAUUUGACAUGUUUCCAGUUAACGUGGAUAUGCCCUGUAUGGGUCCGUUAUUCACGUAUUACUCAAGUUGUGGUAACAGUGUUGUUGAUUACAUUUUUGCGAGUAAAAACAUCGAAAGAAUUGUAAAGUGUGUUAAAGUUGGCGACGAACAUCCGUGCAAUUUAUCUUAUCAUCUGCCGUUGAUUGCUGGCAUUGAAAUUUCUGCUGGUAUAAACUGCCAUGAAUCAUCUAAUAAUUUAGAAAACGAGUAUGAACGAAUUGCGUGGAGAAAAUGUGCUUUGGAACAAGUACUAGAAUAUCCAAGAAGAUUAAAUGAUACAAUCACAACAAUGGAUGAUACCUUAUAUACCAGUGAUGACGUUGAGAACUAUUAUCGUUUGAUCUGUCGCAGCAUAAAAAGCAGCGACAAAUGUCUACCUCGUGCGAAGUAUAAGAAGUCCAUCAAGCCCUACUGGAAUAAUGAACUCAAGCGAUUAAAGACAGCUUGCAUGGAGCUUCAUAAGAAAUGGACCUCAGAAGGACGUCCAAGAGGAGAACAGUAUGAAAGUUUUCGGUUAUACAAAGAUGCAAAGCGUCUGUUCAGGAAGGAACAACGUAAAAUGGUACGAAAAACAGAGGAGAAUGAUUUCAAAGAGCUUAGUGAGGCUUCCGAGAUCGAUCACAUCAGGUUUUGGAAAUAUGUAAACCGACGUAGAAAGAAGAAAAGAUCAACUAAUGUGCUCACAACGAAUGAUGGAAGAACUAUCUCAAACCCAGAAGAAAUAGCAGAUGUGUGGGCUAAUUACUAUGAAAAACUUUUAACUCCUGAGGAAAAUACAAAUUUUGAUGAUGACUUCAGGGAGUAUAUCGAUAUCGAGGUUAGUGACAUAACAAAAAACUCCUUAGCUGAAUUUGAUGAUAUCUUUCAGGAUCCCAUAACUUUAAAAGAGAUCGAGGAUGUGCUAACAGAAUUACCAAAUAAUAAAGCUCCCGGUGAUGAUGGCAUAACGUAUGAACAUAUUAAGUACUCUGGGGAUAUUCUGGCUGCCAAGCUGUUGAUACUUUAUAAUAAGAUCAUUGAAUUGGAGUACAUCCCAAGACAAUUUAAGUUAGGAAUCAAAAUUCCAAUUCCAAAGGGAGGGAAGAGCUGUGCAUCAAAAUUCGAUGAUCACAGAGGAAUUACUCUUCUUUGUACUUUUAACAAAAUUUUCGAACGUUUAGUACUCAACAGGCUUCAAAAUAAAAUAAGAUGUCGACCCCACCCGCUUCAAGGGGCCUACCAAGCUGAGCGUGACGCCUUGACGACUUCAUUUGUUAUUGACGAGUCAACUAAGCAUUGUUGCGAGGAAAACGAUAAAGUAUUUGCCUGCUAUGUUGAUGUCUCAAAGGCAUUUGAUAAAGUAUGGAUAAAUGGUAUGUUGUUUAAAUUAUAUCACAACGUAAAUAUUAGAGGAAAGUGCUGGAGGCUAAUAAAAAGUUGGUACUCAGACAUGGAGGAAUAUGUCUUUUAUAAUGGUAAACGUUCCAGACAGUAUGAUAUCUUACAGGGGGUUCGACAAGGUGGGGUAUUAUCGCCAUGGCUAUUUCUUCACUUCAUUGAUGAUAUGAUAAGCGAGCUGGAAAAGCUAUCCACUGGUAUAGUUAUUCAAAAUUUGUUUGUUGGAUCACCAAUGUUUGCUGACGAUCUUACGCUUAUGUCAAGAUUAAAACGAGGUCUUGAUAACAUGCUUGUACAAGUUCAUAACUAUAGCCUAAAAUGGAGACUUACUUUUAAUGAGAAAAAAACUGUUGUGCUGACCUUUGGCGAAAAACAAGCUAACAUAUCGGCAGUUACGAACAGAACGUGGCUUAUAGGAGGUAAAGAAAUCAUGGAGAAAAGUAUCUGGCAUAAUCUUGGAAAAGAUUGGCACACCGACGUUGCCAGCCUUAUUCCAAUACUAGAGGCUGCGAAGAAAGGUCAGGCUAUCGGCAUUGGUUUAGCAAAUCUGGGAUGUAGAUUUAAUGGGAUGAAUCCAUUGGUGGCGACUAAGCUGUGGGCACGGAUUGCUCUGCCGAAAAUGUUGUACGGUGCUGAGUUGUGGACACUUAAUCGAGAAAAACUAUCAAAAUUGGAAAAGGUACAGAAUAUAUUUUUAAGAGUAUGUCUGGGUUUACUUAGUGGUACCUCGGGUUCAGCUGCACGUGGACUUCUUGGUCUCUGGACGGUCGGAGCAGAAAUAGACAAACGAAAGCUUCUGUUUCUCAGACGACUAAUAUGUGCAAGUGAGGACUGUGUACAUCGCAGGGUAUUCAUGAUACGACUUAAUAGAUGGAGAUGGAAUCCGAACAAAAUCACUGGUUUUGUACCAGAUUUAGUUAGAAUCUUACAGAAGUAUUGCUUGUGGGAGUAUAUGGUCUGGAAAUUUUCCCAGCAAAUCUGA